AUGUAGCCAACCAUAAUACAGAAGUGAAGUUGUAAGCAUUUGCGAUGGCGAUGUGUGAUUUCUGUCGUUUGCGGAGAAUAUUUUUUUAACUUGUGUUUUUACUGAUACAACGUGAGAUAAAUGAAUGGUAAACCAAAAUAAAGUGAUACUACCUAAAAUAGUGAAGUGAGCAAGUCGCGUUAUAUAGGUAUCACUGCUGAAUAAUAACGCGAGAUGAUGGAGGAUAGCUCAGAGGCCCACAUGGAAACAGACGUGUCUUCUACCACUGAGGAUGUUCCUGGAACCCAAGAGGUAUCGGGCUCUAAUGGUAAUGUAGACAUGAUUGUUAUUGUUGAGAAGGUCUCUGAUGAUGAGAGCUCAUGCAGCGAUGCGACAAAAGACCAUAGCAAAAAGCAAUCUUCGUCCACUGACCAUAAGUUGGUUCCGGACAUUCCCAAUCCACCUCAACCCUUACCACAGGUUGCAGAACUGCAACCACCAAUGCCUGAAAAGUCUCCUUCUAAGCACACUGAGGCCCAGAAGUCACCUACAACACAAGAGCAUUCUUGUAACAAAGAGGCUCUUGAAAUUCCAAAAGAUACACCCUCACCAUCUUUAAUCCGAUCUGAGGAAGCUGCAGACUCUUCACCUCUUAAAGUUGAUGUACAAAAAUCUUCAAAAAAGAACAUUACUCCUAAAAAACAAAGCCCUGUAAAAGAAGACCAAGGGAACAAAACUCCCCAAGUAUCCCCCAUGAAAGAACAGUUAGAGGAAACUAAAAAACCAAGCCCACAAAGAGAUACUGCUCUGCAAGAAACUUCCCCAGCAAUAAAUGGGAAUGUUGAGAAUGAAAAUAACAUUUUGAAAGAUGAUGAUUCCCCCCAGUCAACAUCAGUCCAAAUUGUUAUAGAGAAAGAGCCAUCUGAAGAUUCACAGCCAGAAACAAACUCUGACUUAACAGAAAAAGAACACAACAAAAGUAUCAGCAGGGAGUUGAAGUCUCUUAUCAAGUCUGCCAAAGAAUCCAAGAUAAUAAGUGAAUGUACUCAACUGACUACAAAAACUAGGAAGUCUAGGGCUCCCUUAGAUUCUGCAAACACAAGCCUCAAUGUGUCUGUAGAGGCUGACAAGAUACAAGACGUCAGACGCAGCAGUUCCAACUCUCAGAAGAGCAACUGUAGUGAGAAGGCUGAAAAAGUUCCAGUCAAAAGGUCAAUGAGGUCACAAAAUCCAGAAUUUGUAAACAAGGUAAAGCAAUUUUUGAACUCUGUAACUUCUAAAGUGCAAAAGGAAUCUGAUGAGGGUACAGAUGAUGAUCUUGAGGAAACAAAGGUGAAGGACACUAAAAAUGAAUCAUCACCUUAUGUGCCCAAGAAGAAAAAAGUACUAGAGAAUGUGGACCAGGAUAAUAACAAGCUCAAGUCGGAUCCGUAUUGCUGGCGCUGUCAUUGGGCUGUGGAGCAAGUGGCCAACGAGAAGACUCACCCACCGCUGGCAUGUACGGUCUGUCCCCGUGCAUUCCAUUACAAAUGCCUCAGCGGUGUCGAGAGAAGCAAGAUCAGCCCGGAGAAGAGUUGGGUAUGCCCUGAGUGCAUGGCAAUCCUACAUGCAGAGAGCUUAGAAACCAGAUCACAAGCAAUGAAAAAGAUCUCCUUGGCAACGCUGUGUGAGCUUCUGACCUUUGCUGUGGAGCGAAUAAUGGAUCUCAAUGGGGUGGAACCAUUCAUGGCGCCCGUGGAUCGCACCCUAUUCCCAGACUACGACAAGUAUGUUGUUCACCCCAUGGAUCUUCUGCAAAUGAAGGCAAACAUUGCUGACGCUGUGUACGGCAGCACAGAAGCCUUCAUAGCAGACGCGCAAUGGAUACUCCACAACAGCAUUAUAUUCAACACAUGUGAGCUGGGUUUUGUCCAAUCAAAGCUGACAGCGGCCGCGCGGACCUUAGUUCGCUCCUGCCGUCUGGAGAUGGGGGAAAUUGAAGCGUGUCCAGAGUGCUACGCGGCGGCACACGCUCGCAAACCCACGUGGUUCACUGAUGUCUGCACCACACCACACAUGCUGCUGUGGGCUAAACUGAAAGGUUUCCCAUACUGGCCAGCGAAGGGCAUGUCCGUCAAUAACUCUGGUCUGGUCGACGUGCGUUUCUUCGGCGCGCACGACCGCGCCUGGGUUCCAGCUAAGGACUGCUUCUUGUAUUCUGAGAAGGACCCCAACAAUUUCCGCACUAAGCGCCAAGAUAUACUGGAUAGUAUGCAGGAAGCCGAGCAGCACAUUCGCAACAUAUCGCGCAAGUACGGCAAGUUUGUGUACCCGCCCUUCAAGACGCAGUUCGAUCCGUCCCGGCUAACCGAACAACUUAAAAUGAUGAUUCCAUCGUUCGAGGGCGAAGUAAAGGUGUCCAUGAAAGAAAAGCCCUCGAUUGCUUCACCAAGCAUGGUGAAAGACAAACGGUGCUCAAAAAGCUCUAAGAGCUCUCACAAUGAAGGGGAAGCUAGUGACACAGAAGAAGGGUCGACCGUAACACGCAAAAUGGCGGAUGGAGCGGAUAUUGCUAGAAUAGAAGAAGACACGUCUGAGAAGGACAAACCAAUGGAAGUAGACCCUAAACCUGCAGAAUCUGAAAAACCUGAGAAACCAUCAAGAAAACGCCGGCGGUCGCAAAUGGAAGAAGUAUCCGUUAUGACCGUCAUGGAGCGCAGCACAAAAGAGAAAAAAAAGAAAAUCAAGACCGAGGACGAGAAAAAAGUUGAUAUAAAAGAAGAAUCUCAAAGUUCCACCGCCAGUGGCGCAGAAGAACCUAAAAAUACACCAACUAAGGUGUACUCUAAAACAAAGUCGGAUAGUCCUCAAGCAAAAAGCAAAGGCAGCGAACAAACUAACGGCAUCUCAGAUAAAGAAAAAAAUGCAAAGCUUACUCCAAUCAGGCUAGUAAUAUCAACCAACCAAAAAAGAGUAGUCGCGAAAACAACAGGCCGAGGCAGCCCAAAGGUUUUACCCAUUAGAAUAAAACAGACGAAGCUGGAUAAAUCGAUCGUCGUGACCAAAACUAAAUCCAAAGACGAAAAAACAAAACAACAGAAGCGUAGGAAUUCUAAAGGCAAAGACAAGUCAAUGAAUAUUGGUACUGCUUCUGUGACAACAGAAAAGAAAGAUGAAGAAAACAAGAAUAGUGAAAACACUGUAGAACCUGAGAAAAACAAAGAUAAAAAAGAAAGUAACAAACAAAAGGAGGAUGCUAAAAAGUCGUCUUCAGAACAAUCAAACACGCCAAAUGUUAACGCAGAAACUCCCAAAACGGGCAAAGAACGCCCUCAAUUCGAUGAUAAUACGAGUUUAGCUGAAUUGGCAAGGGGCUCCAAUAGAAAAGGCGUUACAAAUAGUAACGUGCACGGCCUGCCCACUAUUAGCUGCGUGAGGAGUCUUUCGACGACCGCUCAGGAUACCAGUACUACCACGACAAAAACUACAACGCCGUCUAAAAUGAUCGAAGUGACCAUCGAACCCAAUAGUUUGCUCACUCCCAUGAGUAGCAGUAACGUUCAAAACGUGAAAGAGACGACGCCCAAAACGGCCGAGCCGUCUAUGGUAGGCCGAGUGGGCGUUCGCGCGUUUGCCAGAUUGAAGUCUCCUGAAACCGAGAAAAACAAGAAAAAGGAGGUCGAGGUGGAAAUCAAAGCUGAGCCCAUGGACUUUGAAGAUCAAGAGCGCCAGAUGGAAAAAGUGAAUAUGAUGAAAACGUUCAAACUGAGGCCAGUGAAUCAGGUCGCCGCGCAGAACGUGACUAGUUUGCGGGAAGUGAGGAUAAAUAAGGUGGUGAUGACGCCAUUGAAUGCGCGAAAGACGGCGACUAAGGCUGUGGAGGUGCGACCUAGGGCUCGGAAGACGUUCCCUCAGCCGAAGAAAGCGGACGAUGGGAGGAACGAGUUGAAUAGUAAGAACUCGAUGGUGUAUAUUCCGAUUCAGCCGCCGAUGACGCCGGGCCCGUUGCGAGUCCGCGCGCCGGUCAGCUGUGCCAAUGGACCGAUGACCGUCUCGACAGGACCGAGGCCAAUGGCUCCCAUAAUGACUACUUCUCCGAACAACAUAGUGAACACCGUGACAACGCCGCUAGUGCCGUCCAGUGUGCCGCCUCUCGUCACGCCGACCUCAUUGCCUCUACCCACCUCGUCUAUGGUCACCAACCCACUGCCACUGGUGCAGGUGGGACAAGUCCCGACUACCGUACAUAGGGUGCCGCUGAUCACGUCUGUUAAUGGACAGUGGACGUUCAGUCUGCAACCGAUUAUGUCGGUUGGAGGAGGGAUGGAUGAUUCGUCAACCCCACCGCUGCUAAACGGCCUCCCAGAGCGUCCCAACCCACCAAUGACCAUCACUCCACUACCGCCGGCGUCUACCGUUCCGGCUAUUAUACCGACGCCUACCGUUGUACCGGUACCGGGCCCGCCGGUCAUAGUGACCAAUACGCCUAACGCUUCUAAUACGGCCAACGUAUCUAACACGGUUAACGUGACGAAUGCGUCUAACUCGCCAGUGCCGGCUUUGACUUCGGCGAAUAAUACGACGCCGAACUCGAGGACACCGGAUAGUAACACGGCCAACCCUGGAGAGUUCCCGCAGCCUCCAAGACUGCAGCAGCGGCCAGUGCUGCUAAACCCGCUGGACUCGCUGACGCCCAUCGGCAACGUGCCGCCGCCCUCCUCCGUCGGCCCGGUCACUGCCAAGCUCAACCAGAACGCCGUCAAGUUAACGGACUUCUUCCGGACGUUGCUGGAAGACUCCCUGGAGAAGUUGGACGACCCGGCGACGCAGGUGACGACGCUGAAGCUGCAGAGCGAGCAGAUGGCCUGGCGCCAUCAGCAAGAGAUUGAAGAGAUGAAGCACAACCACGAACUUGUCUUGGCGGAGAUGAGGGCGUCGUAUGAAAAAGAGAAGGCGCGAAUGAUGUCCGAAAUGCGGCGCGUGGCGCAGACCGAGCUCGAAGCGGCCGUCAAACAGGCCAAGGCCAAGCAGUGGUGUGCGAACUGCUACCAAGAGGCGCAGUUCUACUGCUGCUGGAAUACUUCGUACUGCGACUACCCAUGCCAGCGCGCGCACUGGGCGCAGCACUAUGCCGUCUGCACGCAGCAAAGGGACACUCCCAGUAAUCCGAACGAAGCGCCUGGCAGUAGAUUGCAACCGCAACCAGAAAAUAUACCCAAAUGCACCACGGCGCCAAGCGCGACCCCCACGCUAACCGUUGGCGGUAAGAUCGCGCAAGCGCGGGCUCCCACCAACCAAGACGCCCCGCCCACGUCUAAAUCUUCUUCCAUCAUCAUGAGCAUGGUAGAAGACAAAAGUGGGAAUCAGACGAUGAAGUGCGUGGGCGUCUACAAGCCGUCCGCGCCUGCCGUCUCCAACCAGAUCUCGCCGAUCGUUCAGAUGCCGAAUAACGAAGAGAACGCCACCACAAACAAAAUGAUGACAUCGGGCGGCUACCUCAUAGUCGGCGGAAACACCACAAACCAGGUCACGACGCCGCCGCGCCGCGCUCACACCAUCCAGUACCACUACACCUGAGGAUUGCUGCACACAGCUCCACAGUGGUCUGGUGACGUCAUUGUAAUCGAUUAGCAAACAAUAGACUAAAGCCUGGUCCGUAAGCACGUAGAAUUUUGUCCAAUGACCCCAAGCUACCUAU